CUGUGUGUGAGCAGGGUUGCAGUGACUGAGGAAUUUGUGGUGCUGACGGGGCACCGGGUGCCCUGCUGCUUCCUCCGUCCUCCUGCUUCAGGGCCGCACAGUCCGGCGGCCCGGAAUGUCUCCGAGCUGCAUGCAUGAACCCCACGGCGAGGGCCCCCAAACAAAAAGACGCAGUCCUGAGAGCAGCAGCUGCAGAUCUCAAAACCACAGCUUCACCGGAGCGCCUCCCAAGGAAACUGCGGUGAACUCGGAGACGGAUUCCAGCUCGGCCUUCUGUGUUCUGGCCUUUCUCUCUAAUACCGGGAAGGAUCAGAUUUACCCCGUUCUGCCUCUUUUUUCCGUCUGGUUAUGUGUGUGGUAGAUGGUGGGAGCAAGAGUGGUAUCGGGGGUGUGGUAUCUGAGUCAGCCAGGCCGAGCUCCGAGAAAGGCCCGGUGUGUCAAGAUCUUUUUCCACAAUCCUUCUGAGCUUUAGGAGGAAAUGGUUGCUAUUGCAUAUAUAAAAGUCAACGUCAAGAUGAGUCUGUGUUUCCUCUUUGUUCCUUGAAAUGUAAUUUUUGUUGUUCGGGGCUUGAGGACAUUUGUUUCCUUCUGUGAAAGAGAGAAAAUCGGCUCGGACUGAAAAGAGAAGCAGCCCUGUAAUUAAUCAGGCCGGGAGGGAAAAGACAGCUCUGGCUUGUCUGGACUCUGCAAUUUUCCAAUAGAGGAAUCUUGAAAAGGACUGACCAUUUCUUGCAGUUCUAAAAUCAUGGCCCAUGGUUCAGUGACAUUCAGGGAUGUGGCCAUAGACUUCUCACAGGAAGAAUGGGAAUGCCUGGGCCCUGCUCAGAGGGACUUAUACAGAGACGUGAUGUGGGAGAACUAUAGCAACUUUAUCUCACUAGCAGGAUCUUUCAUUUCUAAACCAGAUGUGAUUGCCUUACUGGAUGAAGAAGGGAAGGAACCCAAGAUGGGUGUGAGGGAAGGGACAAGAAGAUACUGCCCUGAUUUGGAGUCCGGAUACAAGAUCAAUACUUUAUCUCCAGAAAAGGACAUUUAUGAAAUAUAUUCAUUCCAGUGGGAGAUAAUGGAAAGAAUUAAAAGCUAUAGCCUUCAGGGCUCCAUUUUUAGAAAUGAUUGGGAAUGCAAAAGCAAAAUUGAGGGGCAAAAGGAACCGCAAGAGGGAUAUUUUGGGGAAGUGAAAAUUACCUCUGAAAAAAUGACCACUUACAAAAAGCACAAUUUUCUUGAAUAUCAGAGAGUUCAUAAUGGAGAAAAGAUAUAUGAAUGUAAGGAAUGUAGGAAGACAUUUAUUCGUCGCUCAACACUUAGUCAACACCUAAGAAUUCAUACUGGUGAGAAACCUUAUAAAUGUAAGGAAUGUGGGCAGGCCUUUAGACAACGUGCACAUCUUAUUCGACAUCACAAACUUCAUACUGGUGAGAAACCCUAUGAAUGUAAGGAUUGUGGAAAGGCCUUUACAGUGCUCCAAGAACUUACUCAACAUCAGAGACUUCAUACUGGUGAAAAACCUUACGAAUGUAAGGAAUGUGGAAAGGCCUUUAGAGUACAUCAGCAACUGGCUCGACAUCAGAGAAUUCACACUGGUGAGAAACCCUAUGAAUGUAAGGAAUGUGGGAAGACCUUUAGACAGUGUACACACCUUACUCGACAUCAGAGACUUCAUACUGCUGAGAAGCUCUAUGAAUGUAAGGAAUGUGGAAAAGCCUUUGUGUGUGGUCCAGAACUUAGAGUACAUCAGAAAAUUCAUUUUGGUGAGAAACCAUACACAUGUAAGGAAUGUGGAAAGGCUUUUAGAAUAUGCCAACAACUUACUGUCCAUCAGAGUAUUCAUACUGGUGAGAAACCCUAUGAAUGUAAAGAAUGUGGGAAGACGUUUAGAUUAAGGCAACAACUUGUUCGCCAUCAGAGAAUUCAUACUCGUGAGAAACCUUAUGAAUGUAUGGAAUGUUGGAAAACCUUUAGUAGUUACUCACAACUUAUUUCACAUCAGAGCAUUCAUAUUGGUGAGAGACCCUAUGAAUGUGAAGAAUGUGGAAAGGCCUUUAGACUUCUCUCACAACUUACUCAGCAUCAGAGUAUUCACACUGGUGAGAAACCUUAUGAAUGUAAGGAAUGUAGAAAACCUUUUAGACUACUCUCACAACUUACUCAGCAUCAGAGUAUUCAUACUGGUGAGAAACCUUAUGAAUGUAAGGAAUGUGGUAAGGCUUUUAGACUUUAUUCAUUUCUUACUCAACACCAGAGAAUUCAUACUGGUGAGAAACCCUACAAAUGUAAGGAAUGUAAAAAGGCCUUUAGACAGCAUUCACACCUAACUCAACACCAGAAGAUUCAUAAUGGAAUUUAAUACAAGAAAACUUUUCAAAUGUACAUUAUGUCACAGAAUAUCAGAAGAUUCAUUUUUGAGAUAACUUUAUGCUCACAACUGAGCAUAAGACAUUUUAUGUUCGAGAAAGGAUAUGUUGCUUUAAAAAGUCUUUCAUCACCAUUCAAACAUUGACUAUCUUCAAUAAAUUCCUGUGACAGAAUAAUGUAAUGAAUGCAGGGAAAUGUUUAGCCUUAUCUGUCAUUAUCUCUAUUUCAUCACUUUACCCCCAGUGUGAUAUGGGGCAAGAUACUUAAACUCCUGUGCCUAGUUUUACUAACUUGUAAUAUGGUGAUAAUAGUAUUUAUAUGUAUUAGUUAUUUAUUGCUGUGUAAUAAAUUACUACAAACUUAGUAGCUUAAAAUAAUACACAUUUAUUAUCUCACAAUUUCUGUGGAUUAGGAGUCCAGGCAUGUCUUGGUUGGGUCCUCUGCUUUAGGUUCUCUCACAAGUGAGAGCUGGGAUCUCAUCUCAAGGCUCGACUGGGGAAGGAUCCACAUUCAAGGUAACAUGGUUGUUGCCUUCAUUCAUUUUUUCAAGGGCUGUUACAUUGCGAACCUCAGUUUUAAGCUGGUGUUAGCUGAAGGCUGACUGCAGUUCUGUGCCAUAAUGGCCUUGUCAACAUACCUGCUUGCUUCAUCAAAGCGUAUAAGCCAAGAACACAAUAGAGUCUGCUAGCAAGAUGGAAGUUACAGUCUUGUAUAAUAUAAUCGUGGAAGUAACAUUUUAUUGCCUUUGCUGUCUUCUGGUUAGAAGUAAGUUACAAGGCCAGCCCACGCUCAAGAGAGGGAAUUAUACAAGAGUAUGAAUAACAGGAAAUAGGACCUUUGGGAGCCAAUUUAGAGUCAACCUGCCACACUGUUAACAGGAUUGUUCUAAGGAGUAAGUAGUUAAUAUUUGGAAGAAUAGCAGUCAUGUAGUAUGUAUUCUGUAAAUAUUAUCUAUAAUUGUUACCAUCAUUAGUUUUAGUGAAUUCAUAUCUAAAAUCGAUCCUUUAGAAGUAAUAAAUGUAGAAAUGCCUCCUAUCACCUCUCAGCACUUAUUAAACUUAAAAUAAUUUAUUCCAAGUAAAAUCUAGGAGAAUAUAGUGAGUGUAAGAAGUUCUUCAUCACUUGACCUGCAUCAGAAAUUUCAUGCCAAAAAGAAACUCUAUGUAUGUUGUGAAUGUGAGGUUAAGAGUACAACUGUUGAAGAAUCAGAGCAAUAUGAAAUUAUUU